UCUCAUUCACUGAUACCAAUCAAACAUCAACCAAUAUCAAAAACUAAAGCAAAUAUGGCAAAGUCUCUUUACAUUGCAAUGUUUGUAUCUAUAGUAAUGUUCUUCAUGGCAAAUUCAAUUUCUUCCAAGAAAAUUGAUCAAUAUUCACAAGAGGCACCAGGAGAUGUAAAGAUAUCUCCCACAUCGGAUUUUGAUAUUUACGUCGAAUCUCCCGAUGAAUCUCUAUUUGAAGAAGUCGAUUCACCCGCAAUGGAAUAUGAGAUGAAGUCUGGACAUCAUUACACACACAAACAACUUGGUUUUCUUGAGGCUUGCUUUCAAAAUCUAAACUCAUUAGACUGUGGAGAUAAUAUUUUCAAGAACAUGUUAGAUGAGGCAGCACAAGUAUUAUCAAAUGAAUGUUGUCAUGAUCUAUUAAAGAUUAGCAAAGAUUGUUACCUAGGAAUGACUCAAAGCAUUUUAUCGAGUUAUGAGUAUAGAUUUAUUGCGUCUAAGGCUAUUCCCAAAAGUAAACAGACAUGGAAUGAUUGUGUUCGUAGAGUUGGGAACCUGAUUGGUAGCCCAAUCGCUUUUGAGGAACUACACUAAUUGAUGUUCCGGUGUGCUGAUGUUUUAUAUAUGUGAUUUUGUAACUCAGGCGUUAUGAGACUUACCAUUAUAUAAAUAAAGCUAAAGAUCUUUUACAGAUCUUAUAUUAGUA